AUGGGGGAUUCUGGGCCGUCCUGGGUGGUAACCCGAGUGGAGAAGGUUACAGAUGGGGCGGAUGGGGAGGAUGAUGGGGUUACUGAUGCCGAGAUUUGGGCUUGGAUUGGAAACGGUGCUGGCAGUGCGGAAGCAGCAUAUGGAGCAACAGCAGCAACAGCAGCAGCAGCAGCAGCAGCAGCAGCAAAAACAGCAUGGCAGAAGCUUGAAUCCUCAGCAGGUCAGGCGGCAUCUCAGCAACAGCCGGAGCAGCAGCAGCAGCAGCAGCAGCAGCAGCAGCAGCAGCAGCAGCAGCAGCAGCAGCAGCAGCAGCAGCAGCAGCAGCAGCAGCAGCAGCAGCAGCAGCAGCAGCAGCAGCAGCAGCAGCAGCAGCAGCAGCAGCAGCAGCAGCAGCAGCAGCAGCAGCAGCAGCAGCAGCAGCAGCAGCAGCAGCAGCAGCAGCAGCAGCAGCAGCAGCAGCAGCAGCAGCAGCAGCAGCUGGGUGUUGCUCGUGGGGCAGGGAAGAGCGAUUUGCUGAUUACAGGAGAGGCUACUGUGGCAGCGGUGGCAGUGGCAGCUGGUAAAGCAGCACGGAAGAGCGCAGACUUAGGAACAGCAGGGGCGUUUGCGCCAGGGGCAGGUUCUACUGGGGGAGGCGUAGCUGUUGCUGGUGGAGUGGGAGGGGAGACAUUUGGGACCGGGUUACACGAUGCGGUUCGAGUGUUUGUGAAAUCGGCUUCUGUUCCUUCAGGUAGGGGUAAGAGCAGCCAAAAAGAGGCUGAUGCUGUUGCUGCUAGUGGUGGCGCUGCUGGGACUGACAAUCUGGCUGCUGCUGCUGCUGCUGUGAUGGAGGGGGAUACUGGGAGCGAUAAGGCUGGGAAGGAGGGAAGUGGGGCGACUUGGAUUCCUGGUGCGUGUGGCAAGGGGGGUGGUGGUAAAGGGGGGAAGGAGGGGGGUGGCAAGGGUGAGGAGAAGAAGCAGCGUGGGAAGAAGGGGAAGGAGGAGAAGAUGAGAGAAAGGGAGUUGGAGAGGGAGAAGGAGAAGGAGAAGGAGAAGGAGAGGGAGAAGGAGAAGGAGAAGGAGAAGGAGAGGGAGAAGGAAAGGGAGAAGAGACAGGCGGAGGUGGAGGCUCCUCGUGAGAGUGAGUCAGGUAAGUUGAAAGAGAAAGAACAGGGAAGGAAGGAGGAGGAGAGUGAGAAGGAGAAAGGAAAGAAGACUCAGAAGGAGGAAGGAAAGAAGGGGAAACUCAAGGAGAAGGAGAAGUCUGCAGAGACUGAAGGGAUGAAGGAGAAGGGAUUGAAAAGCAGUUCAGGGGUGGCUGGAGAUAAAAAGGGAGAGCAUGGGAAGGAGGAGAAGAAGCAGGAGGAGGGUGGGAAGGAGGAGAAGAAGGUGGGAGUGGUUGAGAAGCAAGGCGUGGGGGAGAAGCUAUGGGCUGUUGACAGGAAGGUUGCAGAGGAGAAGCAAGGUGCUGUUGAGACGGGGAAGAAGAAGAAGAAGGGCCAGGCAGCAGCACGUGAGGAUGCCGCUGUAGCUUCAACUGCGGGCGCUGCUGCUGUAGCUGCUGCACCCGCUCCUGUGGUCGCAGCAGAGAAACCUGCUGGGGCAAAAGAGAAGGAGAGCGCAGAGCUUGAGAGCCCAACAAAGGAGGGUGGUAGUGGGAAGAAGCAGGGGUCUGGAGAGAAGGAAAGGGAAGGAGGCGUAGAGAAGGUGAAAGAGGUGUCAGGAAAUAGGAGGUCUGCUGUGGCCUCUCCUCCUCGUGCUCCCAGACAGCCGUCUCCGUCCCCAGCAGCUGGUCAAAUCGCUGGUAGCAGUAGCAAAAAGGAUGCCUCAGGGGCUGGGACCAGUGCUGCUUCUGGAGCUGCUGCUGGUGCCCCUUCUGCUGCUGCGGCUGCCACUGGUGGUGUUGUCUCAGCGAACGAUCUUGCUCUGGCUGGUGCGAAACCAGUGGCCAUUGGGAAGACUGCUGCUCGGGCGCUGCUCCUGCAGCAGAAGGAGCAGCAGGCAACGCAGCAGAAGCUUCAGCAGCAGCAGCAGCAGCAGCAGCAGCAGCCGAAGCUUCUUCCGAAUGGGAAGGCGGGUCGUGGGUCUGUAGCAGCAGCGGGUGCAUCUGGCAUGAGGGUUACCCCAGAGAAAGCAGGUUUGGCUGUCGGACGGGGCAAAGCUGCUGCUCCAGGGUUACUGAGCCCGGGUAGUCGAGUGGGGAGUUUUCUUGGUGGGGGGAGUAGCAGUGGGGGGAGCGGUGGCAGCAGGGGGGAGCUGGCAGCUGCUGCGGAUUUGGCAGUAGGCUCGUUUGCCAGGAGUGGUAGCAGGGAGGAUGGGAUGCAUGGAGCUGUGGCGUUUGGUGGCAGUCCUGCUGCUGCUGCUGCUGCUGCUGCUGCUGGUGGUGUUGGUGGUGGUGUGGGGGGUACAGGGGUUGCUGCAGCUUCAAGGGGUGGGGUGCGGUUGGAAGGUUCUUCAGGUGGUGGGCUGGCAGGAGCGGGUGAAGAUGAAGCAGCUGUGUACGACUUGUGGGGUAACCAUUUCGACCACCUUGCAUCGUUUGGGACAUCCCCGCACCCAACAGGCAUCUCCCACCCAUCGAGCCUCUUCUUUUCAGACCGAGGCUUUCUAACUGCCUCUCCUCCGCCCACUUCCUCCUCUGUAUCCCACUCCUCGGGAAUCCUUGGGCCUUCACUCAUCCACGGCUCGCCCUCCUCUCCUCGCUCCCCGCGCGUGAUUGCACCACCUGCCAGAGCGAGGGAUGCCCUAUCCCCUCCUCGUGACCAGUAUCUCUUCUCCUCUACCAUCUCUGGAACUCCUGAGGCUGACGGCCUUCCCCGUCGCCCCUCCACGGAGCUCUUCUCGUCUCCUUUUGGGGGAUUUUCUCUCUUUCCUACAACUUCACUGUCUGCUUCUUCGCCUGGAGAUGUUGUUCUAGGCCCUCCUUCCAGGUCUGCUUCUCCCGCCCCAUACGGAUACCCCGAUAGAGGGGGUGGGUUGGGAGCAGGAGGUGUGGGUUUGGGAGGCGAAGGUGCGGUUACGGCUGGUGGGUUGUUUGGACAGGAUUCAGGGGACGCAGGCCUGCAGGGUCCUGUGAGCUCCCCGUUCGGGUUUGGGGUUUCAGGAAUCGACAUGGACGCGUAUCUGAAUGGUGGGGUUGCAACGGAUGCCAGCAGCCCUGCGUUCAUGAGGACUUCAGAUGUGGAGUCGUUCUGGUCGCACGGGGCUCCAGAGCAAGCGCUCCAUGCGCAUAUUUCUUCUAGCGGAGAGAGUGAUGACACAAGCGCACAGCCAUGA